AUGGCUUAUUUCAUCAACGAGGGAAAGCUAACUUAUUCAACCAUCCUCGGGAGGGAUUGGAUCCACACUACCCAGUGCGUCCCUUCAACAUUGCACCAAAAAAUUAUGUUUUGGAACGGAGACCAAGUCGAGACGGUAGAGGCCAAGGCUGAUCCAGCUAUGGAGGUGCAUUUCACAGAGGCUGUUUAUUUUUCCCUCGAUGUAUACCUGCUGUCCAUGAUGCCGAAGGAUGCUGAAAUGAGGAAAAAAUGCAAUCUAACCAUGAAGGGGUACCCGGAGUGGAUUUCCAACAUUGUUCAAAUAGUGAAGAAAACAGAUCCAGCUUUCCGUAGCCCAGGAGAAAUUGGAAUCUUCAAAUUGAUAAUAAUGCCCGUCGGCCUAAAAAAUACCAAAGCGACCUACCAAAGGGCGAUAAACGCAUUUUUUUACGACCUGAUCAGUGCUUGCAUGGAGGUAUACAUAGACGACGUGGUCGUGAAGUCCCGAGCCUUCGAUCACCACAUGCUAGACCUUUGGAAGAUCUUUACGCAGAUGAGACUGCAUGACCUCAAGAUGAACCUGACGAAGUGCGCUUUCGGAGUAUAA